AUGCCGAAGAGACGAGACAUCGUCGCCAUUGUGUUGAUCGUGUUGCCUUGGACACUGCUCAUUACUGUUUGGCACCAGAGCGCCAUCACUCCCCUACUCGCUACACGGAAGGAUGACAGACGGGACGGUCGUUCCAACUCUCGGAAUACUUUUGCCCUCAAGGAGUCCUGCUCACUACAGAACAGGGACAUCGUGGAUGUGGUGCGCACUGAGUACGUCUACAGCAGGCCCCCGCCGUGGUCUGACGUCCUGCCCACCAUCCACGUCAUCACUCCCACCUACAGCCGGCCGGUGCAGAAGGCAGAGCUGACACGUCUGACCAACACCUUGCUGCACGUGCCCAACCUGCACUGGCUCCUGGUGGAGGACUCCCAGAGGAGGACCACGCUGGUCGGCCGUCUCCUCCAGGAGACGGGACUCAACUACACCCACCUGAACGUGGAGACGCCCAGGAACUAUAAGGUACGCGGGGACACUCGGGACCCGCGAAUACCUCGGGGGACCAUACAGAGGAACCUGGCCCUGCGGUGGCUCCGGGAGACUUUCGGCGUAAACAGCAGCCAGACUGGGAUUGUCUACUUUGCAGACGAUGACAACACGUACAGUCUGGAGCUGUUUGAGGAGAUGCGUUCCACCAAAAAGGUGUCGGUGUGGCCCGUGGCCUUUGUGGGUGGCCUACGCUACGAGUCCCCUAAGGUAAACACCUUGGGCAAGGUGUACGGCUGGAAGACUGUGUUCGACCCACACCGGCCCUUCGCCAUCGACAUGGCUGGGUUUGCUGUGAACCUGCGCCUCAUUCUGUCCAAGCCUCAGGCUUAUUUCAAGUUACGGGGAGUGAAGGGAGGUUAUCAGGAGACCAGUUUGUUAAGGGAGCUGGUCACUCUCAGCGAUUUGGAGCCGAAAGCUGCUAACUGCACUAAGGUAUUAGUAUGGCACACACGGACAGAGAAGCCUGUGCUCGUAAAUGAGGGCAAGAAGGGAUUUACAGACUCUAAUGUGGAGAUAUGA